AUGUUCUUGGAGUCACUGCAAGACCAGAAGCAAAUGACGUUGAUGAUCCUUCCGGGACAUAGAGUAGAUCAAGAUGUCGUCCAGGUAAAUGACGACAAACUGAUCCAACAGGUCCGGAAGAUAUUGUUCAUAAAAUGUUGGAAGACCGCCGGCGCAUUGGUCAACCUGAAUGGCAUGACCAUGUACUUGAAAUAUUUCUAUGGCUGCCCAUUUUUUGGAAUCUUGCAUCAGCAAAGCUGGCAUUCCUUCAAAGGGCCACAUUUAACAAGGGCUUUGAGCAAAGUGUGGGGUGGCCUGAGCGUCCCUCACCUUGGCUACCAAGGGCUGAUUCUUGUCUUCUUCCAGGCACUCAUUGAGGUACCGUGUGAAGAUCUGGCUCGAGAACUUGCCGAGACUCCGCGUCAAACCCAAAGGUUACAAGAGACCCUUCAGGAGACCCUGGAUAGGCGGGAAGAGGAGAGACGAUCCCGUCAGCUUCUGGAACUUUACCUGCAGGCAAUAAAAAAGGAGAAUCGGGCUCCAUCCACAGCACACGCAUCGGAACCAGAGGAAAAAUCUGGGCGUUGCAGCGAUACUGUGGACACGGGGAACGGCGGACCAAGUUCAGUCGAAAGGACACAAUUGAGCAGCCGCGUCGUUACUGUGCUGAAAGAAAAACCUUCCCCAGAACUCAGCCUGGCUAGUCAGGAUUUAGAGCUGGUUUGCAAAGAAGAUUCAGAAGCUCUUUGCCAGGCCCUGCGCUGGGACAAACACAAGACCGAAACCUUAAAGGAAGCGUGUGGGCAGGAGCUUUCAAGGCGACUGCAACAAUUUCGCUCUCUAAAUUCACUGAGGAGCAUCUCCAAAGGAAAGAAAAAACAGCCAGAACCUGGGGAACAGUCGAGUUCUAAACGCAGGAAGUAAAAAGCUCUGGGAGUCGGGAAUUUUUGAUGGAUUAAUCACCUUUUUGGUUUUCCUGAAGGGUAAUGUUGUUUUGACUGAGGCUUCCCAAGAGCGUGAAGCAAACUCCUUGUCCUGACAAAAACCCUUUUUUAUUAAUUGACACUGAA